GGGAGAGUUCUAUCGCCAAGCCGCUCCCAGCCUAACCUCAGCAACGCACCUACGUAAAGAAACUCGCUCACAGUCUCCAGCCAAUCACAGUCGAGUGGCAGCGAGAGAAGCCAACGAGGUGCUGAGGGAGAUGGGACGCCUGAAAACCGAGAUAAAGAUGCUGCUGACGCAGCCACAAGACUCUCUGAAAACUACCAGGCCUCCACCAGACCAACACGAGUCUCAGCAAAACCAGGACCAGCAGUCCCAGUCCCAACAAAACCAGGACCAGCAGUCCCAGUCCCAACAAAACCAGGACCAGCAGUCCCAGUCCCAACAACCCCACUCUGAUCAAACGAAGUUUCAACGAAACCACUUCCAGUCCCAACAAUCCUGGUUCCAACAAAACCAGUCUCAGUCCAGAAAAGUCCCGUCCCAUCAAAUCCAGCUCCAACAAAAUCAGAGCCAGUUCCAGUCCCAGUCUGUGCUGGGCCACAGAGGGCCUGUAGUACCGUCCAUGUUGGAGAAGGCAGGUGGGGUUCUCCGUCAGGUUCGGAGACAGAGGAAAGUUCUGGAAGAGAACCUGGAGGCUCUGCUGAGAGCCAGGAACGGAGAGGUCCUUCACUGCCAACUGGAGGCACUGGCUGCCAACAGAGACUGGACUCAGGAGGUCCGGAUCAAGAGGACGGUGGACGCCUGGAUCAGUACUUUGUCCAAAGACGUCCAGGCUGAGACGUCCUCAGAGAAGGCUGCCAGGAGCUCCGCCCCCUCAGGUAGGGGUAGGCCAAUGAGUGUGGUCAGACAGACAGGAAGCAAGAUCGCGGGGCGGAGAGGAGGUCAAGGACAGAGAGCUGGACACAGAACGGUGCAGGGGGCGGAGCCUGUCCCAGGUGUGCUGAUAGACAGAGACCAGGUGGAGGGAGAGUCGUACCUGACGCGUCUGUACGGCAGAGCUCCGCACGAAGGUCUGAGACGAACCCUGAAGAAGAGUCCAUACCUUCGCUUCAGCUCACCUGGGUCACCACUCCUCAGGAAGCCCCGCCCCCGCCUGGUGGAGAGCGUCAUAGGUGUGAGGGUAAAGUCUUGUAAGACUCAGACCAGUUUGACUCCUCCCCUCAGUCCAUCACCCGAACGACCAGCUCAUCACCUCAUCUUCAGCUCCUCCCACACAUUAGGUGACCCGGCUGACCUUACGGUGACCCCUGAUGACACUGUUGCCAUGGCGAUCCCUCUGGGUCGUCGCAGGGUGGACUCUUCCUCCAGGUGUGUCACUCAACAUCAUCAGGAAAUGACAUCACCACCCACACCUCCCCCCACAGUCACUGUGGCUGCAGUGGUCGGAGCACCUGAGCGACAAUCACAGAGGGAGGAGCAGCUGAAUGCUGGAGAAGCUCCGCCUCUCCCUCCAUCGCACGCUGUCAUCGAGACAAAGAGCGAGGAAGAGGAGGAUGAGGAGAACACCUUCCCUGGUGCUGACUUCCUGUCUGUGGCUGAUGUCCUCCAGGUUUCCUCUGCUCUCUCCCAGGAGGAGGAGGAGAGUGUGGUGGGUGAGGAGGCUGUGGAGCUGGAAGGGGGUCCGUCUCCUGCCCCGCUCAUGUACCAAGGUCCAGCUUUCCCUCCUGAGGCCUGCUCUGCCCUCCCUGCCCAGGGUCAGGCCUCCACCCUGGACACCGACCAGCACGGAGACGCCCUAGAGGAGCGGCUAGUGGAAUGGGUGGAGCAGCAGCUGAUGUCCAGGAUGAUCUCAGAGAUGUACCGCCCCCCUCCCUCUGACCCCACCCACAACCUUUCCACUGACCUUUUAGAGCUUGAGGAGCAGAGCGUCACCUCGGACAUUGUGGAGGCGGCCGGAGGUGGAGGUCUUCAGCUCUUUGUCGACUCCAACGUGUCGGUGGACUCGGCUCUGAUCAGGCAGCUGGUUAAAGAGGUCCUGACAGAGACUGUGGCGUUGAUGCUGGGAGAGAGGAAUGCACUGGACACGGGAUCAGAACCAGGACUGGAACCAGCGACACCAGGACCAGCAGCACAUCAGGAGGACACACACCAGGUUCCUCUGGUUCCCACACCAGUGCCGACCCCUCCACCCAGCCCGACCAUUACCAUCAACCAGACCACGCCCCCAACCACGCCCCCCCUAUCUGAGCCAACCAGCCUGCUGAUUGAGGAGUGUCCUCAGCCAAUCACAGCUGCUGAGCUCAUGGUUACACCCACACCUACUCCAGACCCCGCCCCAUCAACAGACCCGCCCCCUCUGACCUGGGGAGAUGCCGAGCUGCCAUUGGACGAGGAGCGACCGGAGGAGCACCUGGAUACAAAAGAACACGCGCUGGUGAUGACAGUAGCAGAGGAGGAUCCUCCUCUCUUCUCCCCCUCUGUGUCCUCGCCAUCUCCCCGUGGUCCUGAUGCUGACCCUGGACCAGCGUCUCUCUCCAGCUCUGUGAGCAGCAGCUCUGCAGCAUUGAAAUACAUCUCAGAGGGAGAAGUGCUCAUCGAUGUCCAGCAGCUAACUGCUACGACAGAGGACGGGGGGGCCGUCUGCAGUUUGUCCAGCUCUCUACAGGAGCUACAUGACAUGGACUAUGACCCCCCCAGUGAAGGCCAGGUCAGAGGUCAUGGCCUCCUGCUGACUCUGCUGACCAAGAUGGAGCAGGGAGUCACACCCCAAGGAGAGAGACCACAACCUGAGGGCUCCUGGGGGAGGCAGGACCCAGGUCAGGAGGAGGAGGUGAGCAUGGGAGAGGUGAGAGAGAAUCGCACUACAGAACCUCACAGGACCACAAAUCCCACGGACUACAGUCAGAGUAUGGCAGCCCGGCGGGGUCAGAGCUCUUCACCUGGACAGAUCAGUCAGUGUUCAGCCGAACACGACGAGGAGGAGGGAGGAACCAGGAGGAUGGCUGUUCAUCUGCCCUCAGUCAGAGCGGAGGAGGAGGAGGUGAUGGAGGAGCUCAGUGCAGCAGCUGAUACAGACUCCUCCAACAAUGAUAUUUUCUAGAAACAGAAACUGAACGUUUCUCUGAGUCAAACCUGUUAAAUCAGCACAAAAACCCACAACAAGGCUGUGACCACUGACUCUCUGCUCUGGGACACUGAAACUCAGUCAUUCAAACAUAAAAAUGUGUUUAUGAUCACAAGAGAAUCAAGAGAAUCUGGACCAAGAGGUUUUCAUUUGAACUCAUCCGUUCCUCAGUGAACGCUCUGUUUCAUAUUUCACCUUACAUCCACCAGUGAUCACAUGUUCACUGAGUGAUCGACAGGACGAUCAUCCUGCUUUUAAAGAAACAAAUCCUUUUAGCAAACUUAACGUGACUCGUAAAAACUUUCAGUGUUUCUCAUUGUGAGUUGUCAAGAGAAGGGGCGUGCCCCCGGGGGGCGUGUCAUCUUUUCUUCUCAUCUUCUCUCAUCUGAUCCUUUCUCAUGAUCUUCCAAAAUAAAACUUGUUCAUCUCUGUUUAAAUUUAAAUAAAAAAACUCAUAAAACACAGAAGCUUUGAUAAAAAUAUGAAAGUUUUGGUUUUCAAACGAUUUUAUUAAAUAGUUCAAAUAGUUUUGUCACAAUAUUGAAAUAAUUUCCUUUAAAUGUUUCACAGUUUUAUAUCAAACAGAUGAGGAGUCUGACGGGAGGAGGCGUUAGGACCCGGGGGGCGGGUCCGUGGGACGGAGCAUUAAUAUUUUUACACACUCGGGACAGGAAGUGGUCUGAAUGUUGCCUUCAAAAUAAGAGCAUUUGUCAGAAUCACGUGAACUAAAGAUUUGUUCAGUUCAGUUUCUGAAAAUAAAGUUUGUGUCGCAGAUUUUGUAACCUGUCUUCACCUGACAGGAUGUUUGCAUUAGAUGGAUUGAAUUAACUGUUGAA